UGGCGUUCGCACACGGACGAGUGGCUGGCGGGGACGGGCGGCGGCGAGCGGGUGGUGGGCACGAGGUGCGGAAACACGACGGGCGUGAGCAUAGCGCACAGUGACCGUGAGCAUGCAGUGCGAAGACCCUGCGCGGAAGCACGACCGACGAGCGGACCAUGCAUGCAGCAUGGACGAGGGCAAGUGGACGGCGGGCUCGCCAAGUGCACAGGCGCGACGCACAGCGACGGCUCCUUGCUCGUUCGCCCGUCUGCUCGCCAGCCCUCCCCUACCCUCUUGCCAAUGCUAGCCCACCCGUCUGCCUACACACUCGCACGCUCGCCAAUUCAUUCGCCCGCAUGCUCGUCUGCCUCGUCGCCAUCUCACUAGCUUGUUCGCCUGCCCACUCUCGCCAGUUCCCCGCCCGCCUUCGCCUUCUUGCUGAUGCGCUCGCAUGCCCGUCCUUGCCUGCUCGCCACUUACCUUCUUGCUCGCCUUCCCACUCGCUUGCUCAAUCGCUUCCCUGUUCUCGUCCGCUCAGCCUCGCCUUCUCACUAGCUCUGUCGUCCGCCCACUCUUGCCAGUCCACUCCUGCCGUCCUCGAUGCAUUGCCCGCCCAGGUUCUUCUCAGCUCGCUCAUCUGCAAGCCCGUUCGCCAAUUCACCUGCCCGACUGCCCGCCUAUUCGCCUGCCCACCCGUUCGUCACUUGUCCUGCACCCGCUUCCUCUUACGGGCCACGCUCCUGCUCGCCCGUCGAGCUCGGGAUACCCAUAGGUAUACCCGAGCUCGGCCCAGGACGAAUCCGCAUGCAACGAUCUGACUGCGGAUUCGGAAUCCAGCAAGCAAGCAUCCACCUAUGCCGACCCCGCCCAGCGAGAGGGUGUUCGAGGGAAAGUCCACCGAGGAUAAUUGUGCGCGGGACAAACACGACUA